AUGCCCUCCAGCCACGCGAGCUGCACUGAAGUCUCGGCGCAAUGCCCUGUCUCUGCUACCACACUGGGUUAUUACCCUAACCUGGGCGCAAAUGUAUUCUUCGUCGUGAUGUAUGCACUUUGCGCCAUUUUCACGCUGGGCAUUGGAUUAUGGAAAAAGACCUGGGUUUUUGGGGUGGUUGUCUUUGCUGGAUUCGCACUUGAGACUUGUGGAUACAUCGGUCGAGUCCUGAUGCACUCCAACCCCUGGUCCGACCCAGGAUUCAAGCUAGAUCUCGUCUGCAUCAUCCUCGCACCCACCCUAAUCUGCGCCGGCAUCUAUCUCACCCUCAAACACGUUGCGCGCACAGUCGGCCCUGACUUUUCCCGCAUCAAGCCCCGGCUCUACACCUGGAUCUUCAUCCCCUUCGAUGUCUUUUGUCUCUGCUUACAGGGAGUCGGCGGUGGUGUCGAUGCAGCAGCCUCCGACAAGACACCCAUCGACGUAAAGACCCUCAAGACCGGCGACGAUAUCAUUAUCGCUGGUAUUGCGCUGCAAGUCGUUAAUUUGGCCGUCUUUGGGUUAUUUUCCCUUGAUUUCUUCGUUGCAGCGAGGAAGCAUUUUAGGAAUCCGUCGGAGAAGGUUAGAAAUUCAGCGGAGGCGCAGAUCUGGUAUUCCAGAAGGUUUAGGGUUUUCUGUUCCGCGAUUGCGUGUGCGUACGCGGGCAUUCUAGUCAGAUGUAUAUAUCGCGUCGCCGAAAUGGCCGGUGGAUGGGGAAACUCAAUAAUGCGUAACGAAGUCCUCUUCUAUGUCCUCGAGGGAGCUAUGAUCCUCUACCCAGCAAUGCUCCUUUCCAUCUUCGCCCCAGGACUCUACUUUCCCGAAAUGGGAUCCAAAUCUCUUCCGGCUUCUUCAACUGCCAGCGAUUCUGAGAAUGCAGUAGCAGCCAAUGAAGAGUCCAAACCGGCGACACCUGAGGAUGGAAUGAUGGCAAAUCAUUGA